GGCAACGCCAUUCGUCACUUGUUCGCUUCAUCGGUGCUGUUGAUUUCAAAACUUUUUAUUCUGUGAUUUGCAUAAUUUCGCGUUAACUAACUGGUCAUAUUCAUUGCUUUUACUUAUUUUACUUAAUUGAUUACUAAUUUAACAAUGGAAAAGAAACCUUCGGUUCUGAUAUUGGGAGGGUGUGGAUUCAUUGGGCGUAAUAUGGUUACUUAUUUGGUAGAAAAUGAUUUGACUGAUGAAAUCCGUGUAGUGGAUAAAACGCCUCCACAAAUGGCUUGGCUGAAUGAGCGGCAUAAUCAAGCUUUUGAUAACAAGAAAGUGGAAUUUUGCAGCGCUAAUCUUAUAAAUGCCGCGUCUUGUAAGAAUGCUUUCGCCCCACACCCAAUAACAGGACGUACGUGGGAUAUCGUAUUCAACUGUGCAGCAGAGACACGUCCAAAUCAAACAGAAGCUGUGUACAAAGAAGGAAUACUCAAAUUAAGUAUGAAUUGCGCCAACGAAGCAGCAAACGUAAAAGUGAAGCGAUUAAUCGAGCUAAGUUCCGGUUGCGUGAACAGUUCGGAAAAGGUGGCACAAAAGGAAGAUUGUAAGCAAGAGCCGUGGACUUGUGUGGCUAAACAAAAGCUAAAAGUCGAGCGCGAGCUUGAAACACUAAGUGAAGUGUUGGAUUAUACGGUUGUGAGACUACCAGUCGUAUAUGGGUUAGGAGAUAAGCGCUACUUGAUGCCUCGCAUAAUUGUGGCUGCAAUAUACAAGUAUUUAAAUGAGUGCAUGAAGUUGCUGUGGAAUGAGUCUAUGCGACUGAAUACUGUACAUGUGGAUGACGUUUGUGCGGCUAUGUGGUUUUUAGCACUUAACCCAGCUGCUGCUGGUGAAAUAUACAACAUUGUUGAUGAUGCUGAUUCAACACAAGGAACCAUAAGUGAUAUAUUAUCAGAUGUGUUUUCAAUAAAUGUUGAUUACUUUGGCGUGGUCAUGUCGAAUUUGACAAAGUUAAGCCUCUCAGAUACGGUGAGUGAUGUAAAUGAUAAACACAUGACGCCAUGGGCGGAGAUUUGUCAAAAGAAUGAACUCAACAAUACACCUUUAACGCCAUAUUUAGACGAAGAGCAAUUGUAUCACAAACACUUAUAUUUAGAUAAUACAAAACUGAAGACUGCAGGAUAUGUGCUGAAGGUGCCUAAGUUAACACGUGAUCAUGUAAUAGAAAUUAUUGAAGACUACACAAAACAAAAACUAUUUCCAAAAUCUCUAAUGAUUUAAACUUCAUCUCUACCAGUUUGGUACUUAAUUGAGUAACUUCAAAAAGAUAUGUGAAUUAAAUCAAUUAAAAUACUUAAAAUAUUUGUAAACCAUAUGAACUCAAGUUAUGAAAUUUUAACGGGAGUUAUUCAAAACUGAUAUUAAUGUAACAAUUAAAGACAUUGUAUGCCCUAAGUUCUUUAUGUACACAUUUAUUGUACGUCGCCGAUAUGAUCUAAAGUGUACUUAUAGUAUUACUGUAAAGUAAGAUUUUAAAAUUGAAGACUAAAACGAAUUUUAAUGUUUUACGUAUAUAUGUAUUCGUAUCUAAUCACAUAAUUGCUAUAUCGAAACAAUUUUAUAUAGAUGAUAUUUUACAAUAAGCAAUAAUGCUUUGUCAUAUUUUGUGCCAAAAUAAAAUAAACAUGGAAACUUAA